UUUAAAAAAUAUUCUGUUAGCCUCAAAAUCGCAUGAAUGUUUAUAUUAAUAGGUGGUUUCGGUCAGCACUGGUGGCACAAUUCAAAUUCACAUAUAUUGGCGUGUGUGUUGCGGUUGUGUGGCCUGGCUCACCUGUUUAGGCCUUCAGGAGCAAACUCACAUGCUCUGGAGCUGCGGUGGAAAGAGUUUCUGGUGACUGCUCUCUUCGACUUCAUUACUCCAUCGGUUGUUCUUUGUGGCGGCGUGCCGUAGCGGGAAUCGGCGUCGGGUGGUUGUCAUUUGGCUUCUUUGCUGGCAGAAGCAGCAGUCGCAGAGCACAAGCUCCACUGGAACCACGCGCGACGGCAUUGGAUUCGGACCAACUUGGCCGACACGAACGCAACCAAAACAAAAGACAUCCGAACCGGUGGAAGUGCGAGUUCGACUGUUGCCCUGUGUUCGCUCUUAUCAGCUGGAGUAGCAAUAUCGGAACCACCGUUCCCAAAAAAAGAAAAAAGAACGAAUCCGAACUAAUUCGACUUGCAGUUGGUCCUCUUCCGGACACCAUGAGCAAAGCCAAGUCAACCACCCACGAGCCGACGAUCCACUACUUGGACAGUGUGCUGAGCGAUGAGGAGAAGCGGUGCGCCUAUGGCCACCAGUGGCGCAACUUCUCCAUCUCCCGAUCCGGACGCUUUCGUUCGAAGAACAAGAAGCGGGAUGCGGUCGACGGAAAGUUCUUUGACGGAGGAUCAGGAUCUCUGCAGGACAUCGAGAAGGUCUCAAAUUGCACUUCGAAAAGCACAUCCAAGUGCGUCGCCCCUGCGACAGGACCGAUGACGCCUUCAGCUAAUCAGGCAAGAAGCCAACGUGACCAGGUUGAGAGCUAUAAAAGUGUUUACGAAACGAAUUUAUAG